AUGGUGACCACGACAUGGAGAAAAUUGGUGACCCCUUGCUGGAAGCCCUCAGUGGAUAAUCAAGGUCAAAAUGGCAGCAACAGCGGAGAUGAUCUUAACGGCCGUGUGGAUGGUUUGUGGUGGUACAAAGAUUUAGGGAAUCACAUUUACGGGGAAUUUUCGAUGGCAGUGAUUCAAGCUAAUAAUGUGAUGGAAGAUCAUAGUCAACUGGAAUCUGGGCCAAUGAGCUCCGUCGAAUAUGGGCCUCAAGGGACGUUUGUCGGGAUUUAUGAUGGGCAUGCUGGUCCGGAAGCUUCUCGGUUUAUAAACGGCUGCCUUUUUGAAAAUAUGAAGAAAUUUACGUCAGAAAAUCAUGAAAUGGCAGCCGAUGUCAUAAAAAACGCUUAUCUGGCAACCGAGGAAGAAUUCCUUUCGUUGGUCAAAAAGCAAUGGGUGAAUAGACCGCAAAUUGCUUCAGUGGGUUCGUGCUGUUUGGUGGGCGUUAUAUGCAAUGGCGUGUUGUACGUUGCGAAUGCUGGUGAUUCGAGGGCUGUUUUGGGCAGAGUGGAUAAAGGUGAAAAAGAGCUUAAGGCAAUUCAGUUAUCGGACGAGCACAAUGCGAGUUUUAAGUCUGUUCGAGAUGAGUUGCAGUUGUUGCACCCUGAAGAUCCUCACAUUGUUGUUUUAAAGCAUAAUGUUUGGCGUGUGAAAGGUAUUAUUCAGGUGUCAAGAUCAAUAGGUGAUGCUUACUUAAAGAAAGCCGAAUUCAAUAGAGUGCCUUUGUUACCGAAAUUCAGACUUCCCGAACCUUUUGAGAAACCGAUUCUAUUGGCCGAGCCAUCCAUACACGUUCAAAAGCUUUAUCCAGAGGAUCAAUUUCUUAUAUUUGCUUCGGAUGGGCUGUGGGAACACCUGAGCAAUCAAGAGGCAGUCGAGCUUGUUCACAGUUCUCCACGCAAUGGCAUUGCAAGGAAACUAGUGAAAGCGGCCAUACACGAAGCGGCGAAGAAGAGAGAGAUGAGAUAUUCUGACCUGAGAAAGAUCGAUCGAGGGGUGAGAAGACAUUUUCACGAUGACAUCACAGUUAUUGUUCUUUUCCUCGACUCUCAUUUGGAUAACCGGAGUUCUUUCCAGGGGCAGCCUGUUUUCUCGAUAAAAGCAUGUGGAUUCAACUCAGGAGACACCAAUACAUAG